CACAAAUGUUAUUCCAAAUUUUUAUAAUGGAAUAAUCAAUUGAUACUAAUAUAACAAAUAAUCUAUUCUCUAUAGAAACACGUUUGUUAAAUCAAUACAUUUCUGUACAUAUGAAUUUCAUGUUUCAUGAUCAAUUUACAAAUGCACAAGUUCAAUGUUCCUUCAAUAAGUAUAAUAGUGUAAAAGAUGUGUCUUUGUCUUGGUCCUGUUAAAUCGGGUAAAACAUUUUUAAUGAAACGGUUACAAGGAGAUGAAAUAGAUAAUGCGACACAUACUGUUUCUACGAAUGGCAUAAAUCUUUUUACAAUAAAAAAUAGUACCGGAGAAUUUGACAUGAUUAUUAAAGAAAUAGGUGGUAGUAUGGCACCAAUAUGGAAACAUUACUUUGAAAAGACACAGAAGCUUAUUUAUGUAAUAGAUACAAGCAAUCUUUGCCAAAUAAGCGCGGCGGGAGUAUUACUUUACUCAUUAUUACUCGAUCCUAGACUGCGAAAUAUAAAAAUCGCAUUAACAUUGAACAAAAUGGACCUUUCUUAUCGUCAAAUGCGCAACGAAGCCUUACUUAUACUUCAUUAUUCACGUCUACAAAAGGAAGCUACGCAAGAAUUAUCUAUAUUUGAAACUAGUGGAAUGACAGGUCAAGGUAUCGAAGAAUUAAGAAACUGGUUGUUUGAUCCAAUUACUUUAAAAUCUGCAAUAAAUGCAAGCAAGUAAAUUUAAUAUAUAUAUUAUGAAAAAAUUUUAUCAGAAAGUGAAUAUUUUUUUAUUAUUUACACUCAAUGUUACAAAGAUAUAAGGAUUCUACAUAACUUUUCAGCAAUUAACACCGAUAUAAUUGUAAUAUAAAUCAUUAGCAAGUCUUUGUCAAGUUUUACAAUUUAUUACGCUCAAAAGUGGAAGUAUUAUCAAAAGUGAAAUUCAUUAAUUGAGCGUAUGACAUUUUUAUAACUUGACGUCAAUGUAACUGAUUAUUAACUUAAAUAGUCUUUAACAUUUUAAGACAUUUAAAAACAAAAGAUAAUUGUCGCAGUCGAUCAAAAAGUUUUUAAAUUCAUUUAAAAUAAGUACUAUUUAAAUAAAUGUUAUUAAUUAUUGUAAGAAAUACGUUAUCUUCGAUAUCACAAUUAUUAAAAUAUCGAAAUAGGUGUACAUACUGACGAAACAGUAAUUGAAGCGCGGUUUUGUCAAUUUGUAUGAAUAACAAAUCCUUAAAAUAAGUUCAAAAACUUUCUGACCAGUUUUCACAUAUGCAUAUAUAAAUAUUUGAAGUAAA